AGAUCUAUGUCCAAAGAGAAAGGGUCAGAGAAAGUCUUCGGAGAAUCGAUACUAUUGGAAGAAAUAUGCGAAGGAGGUAUGCGAUUUGUAGACGGGUUUAUAACGUUCCCGGGCCGAAUUUUCUUUGGCAUAUUGACUCAAACCAUAAGCUUAUAUCCUGGCGAUUCGUUAUCCAUGGUUGCAUCGACGGGUUUAGUCGGGCAGUCAUUUACCUAGAGUGCUGCGCUGAUAAUAGAGCUCAGACAGUAGUUGAUCUUUUCAAAAAAGGGAUUGAUGAAUUCGGUUUGCCUUCAAGGGUUCGUGGAGAUCGAGGUGUCGAAAACGUUGACGUAGCACGGCUAAUGAUAUCACGUCGUGGUGAGAAUAGAGGUAGUUUCAUUGCCGGGCGAAGUGUGCAUAACCAAAGGAUAGAACGGUUGUGGGCAGAAGUAAACCGGGUUCUUUCUGCUCUAUACGUUGGUGUCUUUAAAUUCAUGGAAAACGAAAACCUGUUAGAUCCGUUCAAUGAGCAUCAUCUAUUCGCCCUUCACUUCGUUUUCAAACCACGUGUAAGUGCGUCACUGGAAUUCAGGGAGCAAUGGAACCAUCAUGGACUAAGGACUGCCGGUCACCAAACCCCCAUGACACUUUGGCAAACGAACAUGAUUCCUGUUGCAGAUGAAUCUCCUAUUGUUAACUUUGAAGAAUAUGGUCUAGAUUCAAAUGGCCCAGUUCCAGACGUCGAUACAGAUAAUUAUGUUGUGGUACCUGAAAACAUACUGCAGCUGACGGAAGAACAACUGGAGCUUCUAUGUAGUGAAGUCAACCCCUUAAGCGAUGACGGCAAUUAUGGAAUCAAUCACUUCAUACAAACACUUGAUAUUGUCAACACAUUUUAUGUUCAGUGAUUGAACUAAUUUAUGAUCAAAAAUCGAGGUAAAUAACAAAUAUAAAUAGAGGAUGCAUCGAUCAUAUACUUGAAGCAAUGUCAGCAAUGUUACCGCGUGUGAAUGUGCAUUAAUUAUUUAGGUUAGCACUAUUUUCCACCCAGCAAACCGUCCUUUAC